AUGGCGUCUAGUCAGGGAGGUGUGGGAGCUGCUCUCCAGAACUCCCAGCACUCCGGUGGUCCUCACUGGAGCCCGGGCAUCAGCCAGUCACAGCAGCAGCACCAGCCCCCCCAGCAGCAGCAGCAGCAGCAGUACACGGCCCGCAGCCUGGACCGGACCCUGGACGAUGCCGUGUGCUCCGGGAUCCUGAACCUGAGCGGCAGGAAGCUGAGGGACUACCCGGGCAUGAGCUACGAUCUGACGGAUACGACACAAGCAGAUUUGUCCAAGAAUCGUCUCACAGAAGUCCCCCCAGAAGUGUGUCUGUUCGCGCCCCUGGAGUCGCUCAAUCUCUACCACAACUGCAUCAAGUGCAUCCCAGAGGCUAUCAUCAAUCUGCAGAUUCUGACUUACCUUGACAUCAGUCGAAAUCUCCUGUCCGUUUUGCCGAAAUACCUGUUCAGCCUCCCCCUCAAAGUUCUGCUUGUGAGCAACAACAAGCUUGUGUCCAUCCCAGAGGAGAUCGGCAAGGCCAAAGAGUUGAUGGAAUUGGACGUGAGCUGCAAUGAGAUCCAGGUUCUGCCAGCUCAGGUGGGGAGGCUUCACGCCUUACGAGAACUCAACAUCAGGAAGAACUGUCUUCACAUGCUGCCUGAGGAGCUGGCUGACCUGCCCCUCAUCCGACUUGAUUUCUCCUGCAAUAAGAUCACAGAGAUUCCUCUGGCCUACAGGAAACUCAGGCAGCUGCAGCACAUCAUCCUCGACAACAAUCCUAUGCAGUCUCCACCCGCACAAAUUUGUCUCAAGGGCAAAGUGCACAUAUUCAAGUACCUGAACAUCCAAGCGUGUCGGAUGGAUAAGAAACCAGACACCCUGGACCUUCCCUCCCUCGGCAAACGUUGCCUUCCACAGCCACUCACAGAUAGCAUAGAAGAUAUUUAUCCCAGUAAGAACCACGGGCCUGACUCUGGAAUUGGGAGCGACAACGGUGACAAGAGGCUGUCGACAACAGAGCCUUCCGACGACGACACCGUCAGCCUGCACUCCCAGGUUUCAGAGACAGCCCGUGCUGACGCCCUCUCGCUCCUCUCAAAAAUGGACUCUUGCAAAGAUCAGGAUCUCUAUGACUUUAUAGAUCCCAACCACGACGAGGAUCCUGCUCUUUUAGAGUCUGAAGGGCAGCAGAGUCAUAUGUCGUGUAUAAAGGAACUGGAGAAAGUUCUUCACAUGUCUCAACAAAGCAAAGAUAAGGACAGCUGGAAAGAGGAGUCAGGUUCUGACAAGGAGCAGCUCGUUGAGGAAGAGGACGAUGAGCUGAAGGAGGUGCUGGAUCUGAGGAAGAUCGCUGUUCAGCUUUUGCAGCAGGAGCAGCAGAAUCGACGGCGAUCCUUAAUCUGUAGAGCAGAGAGUCUUAUUCACCGACGGAGAGUGACUGGCCGGGCGCACAGGUUCCUAAGUCACUCUGGAAGUUCUAGCAGCAAGCCAAGGGCUCCCCCUCAGGCUGCUCGAAGUGCUUCUCUGGAUGAAGGAAGCAGUGGAGCAUCAGUGCUGAGCGGACAGCCCUCGUCUUCCUGCUCCUUUGACGACAGCCUGAAGACGGAUCAGUCAGACUCCGAGCCUAACUGGCCCGAUGUCCCACCCAUCCUCAAUCAGAAUGAAGAUCGCAGGAGGAACAAGUACCUGAGAAAAGAUUAUCUAAAGAACAAGUGUCAGAGUUCUCGGAAAAACUGCGGGAACGAAGACUGUGACGAGGGUUUGCGCAACGCUGAGUUCAGCACCACCUUGACCGUGUUUGGACUAAAACCAAGAUCAGCCUUCACCAAAGGAAGUCGACAAGAGUACACCUCCACAGACCCCAGCUUCACUAUGAGGAGGAAGAUGGAGCACUUGAGAGAGGAAAUGGAGCAGAUUGGACUCUUGCGUCAGAACGUCGAGUCCAGACUCAAGGUGUUGCUCCCAGAUGAUGUUGGAGCCGCUCUGAUGGAUGGAGUCGUCCUCUGCCAUUUAGCCAAUCACAUUUGUCCUCGCUCGGUCGCCAGCAUCCAUGUGCCGUCACCCGCAGUGCCAAAGCUAAGCAUGGCUAAAUGCCGUAGGAAUGUGGAGAACUUCUUGGAUGCCUGUAAGAAGCUUGGUGUUACUCAGGACAAGCUGUGCCUGCCCCAUCACAUCCUAGAAGAGCGUGGCCUGGUGAAGGUCGGCGUGACCGUCCAGGCUCUGCUCGAUCUGCCUGCACUGAAGCCUUCACAGCUGUCGGCCGUUUGACACAAGCCUGAAUGUGCAUCCAACCUGCAGCCAUCCAGCCAACUCCUGCCCCCAGCCCGAACCCACAGCCUGUCUCCAGGGACCUGAGAGCAUUUUCUGCCUGACUGAAACAGGAGACGGGAAAUACCUCUCGUCUCCUCAAAUGAUGUCAGCCGUCGCCCACUUCCUGUCCAUCACAUCUUUAUUUGUGUCCUGCUCUAUAGUUAAUGGGGUCAUCCGUUCUGUGUGUGGACUUGCGAUGUGUGUUUUCUGAGCUGCACAGUUUGGGCUUGCUGAGAAGGGACAGACGAGACAGAGGGUCUGAAGACAGACCUUUGCUUCUCAACACGCUCAGUAUUAUCGAGCCCGUAAGUGCCAGUGCUAACAACGUUUUUUCCAAGCAGCUGUUGGACACAUCGGCAGUGAGGAGAUGACGGACAUUUAACUCACUUUUUCACCACGGAGACCUAAGCGUUAGCUAGCUUCGUAACCCCAAACCACUGCCUGACCUCGAGUGGCUCUCACACUCUUGAGUUUCUUGAGUAGUACUUGGAAUUUUCCCAAGAGUUCUGUUUUAUACAGUUUGCAUCAGGUCCACUACUGCACCUCCUGUU